AUGCUAGCCAUAGACAAUUCACUCUUCAUAAAGUCUCAUGUGCCUAUUUUCACACCAAUGAAACUGCCGGCUCCAAGUUUCAACUUAACGUUAGAAAAUAUACAUCAUACAAUUUGGAAUCAGAUUGAGAUGUUGCAAGAGGAAGGUGACUGUGCGAAGAAGAAAAUACUCCAUUGUGAACCUUUAAAUAACUUUGCCGGUUUUGGAUCAAUGCUUCAUCGUUACGGUGCUUGCAUACAAGUAUCGUUUGCUUUAGGAAGAAUGUUUUUUAUUCAUCAGAAUGAAUAUAAACACUUUGGAGGGUUAACAGAGUGGUUACGCCCCGAAUCAAGAAAAUGUGGAUAUCUUAAAGAUAAAUAUUUAUCAUAUAGUAGCAAGUGCAGUUUGAACGACCCAAAAUGCUACCUUCCCAAUGGUUAUGAUAUUAAUAAUACCUACAAAGUUGUAACUUAUUCACCGCAACCAGGAUUUCCCAUGCCAAGAAACAUUCCAGGAACUAUACCCCCGCAGGUAGAAGAGAUGUUGUUAAAAUUGAGUGUUAGCGACCCGUCAUUUUGGUUUGCAUCACAAUUUUUGGGUUAUUUGCUGUUAAGACCCAACAGUAAAUUUCAAGAAAAGAUACUGGCUAUGUCGACAAGGCUUAAUAUUUCAUACCCGUACGCUGCGAUGCAUAUAAGACAUGGGGACAAACUCAUCUGGGAAGCUAAAUAUAUUAACGAGAAAAAGUUCAUUGAACGUGCAAAUGAUUUUUUCGAUAAGCUGUCCUCAAAUGUCACUGACAGAAAAAUAUAUGUGGCAAGUGACGAUAAGGCUAUAGAAGAAAAACUUGGAAAAUAUUCAAGUCCACGGGAAAAUAUUUUAAUGCUUCCCUUGGCGUACAGAGAAAAAGGUUUUUUCUCCUAUUUCCAAAAAAAUUUUCCUAAAGAGGUGUUAGAGACUUUUCUUAUGGAUCUGCACUUUCUUGUUUAUUCGAAUUUUACAGUUUGCACAUGGAGUUCUAAUAUUGGCCGUUUAGUUAAUAUUCUUAAACACGAUAUUCCUCCUUACACAGCUAGAAACAAAGUAGUAUCAAUGGAUGUUACAGAAAGUUCAUAUGAAUUUUAUGCGUUCGGCUACAGCAACAAAACUAAGAACGACUUUCUCGUCUCAAUCAACCAACACCGCGUUUUAAAUGAUUCCAUAAAAUACAAUGUUGGACAGUUGUUUCGGAAAAGCGAUAAGAAAUGUCAAGGAGACUUGCUGUUAAGGGUAUUCAUAGUGAUUUGA